CACCUCCCUGCGAGGAUUGUUGUUGACGCAGACCUAUCCUGCGAGGUAGUCUUGUUUUCGCAGCACCUCCCUGCGAGGAUUGUUGUUGACGCAGACCUAUCCUGCGAAGCACCUUUUUACGCUCGCGGGGCUCAUGGCAGCGAGGGAGCACAGUCUUACAUCGCUGGGCUCGUGGCAGCGACAGCCGUGGUCACGGAAGCUCUCAAGCCCGCAGGCAAGAGAGGGACACUAUGA